CCUGGAUCACAGUGAUGGAGUCAAACUUAACCUGCUGUGGGCCUCCAUACCGGCAGAGCGCUCAGAGUCUCUCCUGUUUGUUCUUAAUAAAGUGUCUCAGCUCAGUGUUAACAGGACUUUGCUGUUGAGGUUGGUCCACUGCUGUGCUGCAGCCCAGCAGUGGGCAUCAUCCAGCCUGCUGAGGGCUCUGCAGCACAGGAUGGAUCUGUCCUGCUCCUCCUUUAUGGACCAGGCACAGGAAGAGCAGAAAGAAGCUUUGAGAUUGACGGCUGAUGACUGCUGGGCCGUCUCCACCUUUCUGACAUACAGCAGCCGGGAGACACAGCUUGAUUUCCGAGACUGUGAGGUCGAUGACAUCGGGCUGGACCACCUGCUUCCUGUUCUGGACAGAGUCCAGCUCAGAGCCACUAAAGCUCUCCUCCUACAACUGGUGUCCCUGAUCCCUCUGCACAUUCAGAGGGACUCGGUCAGAUGUGCAGAGUCUCUGUGGAGAGCUCUGGAUGGAAAACUGGACCUCAGUCACACCACACUGGAUCAAUGGACCUGCACCUCUUUGGCUCAGCUGCUGGACUCGUCUGAAGGUCUGACAGAGCUGGACCUGAGUCACUGUGAGCUCACUGACCAGCUGCUGCACACACUGAUCCCACAGCUGCACAAAGUCCAAGUCCUGGAUCUGAGUCACAAUAAACUGACCGAUGCCUCCACCAACAAGUUUCUCCACCUGACCUCCAUCAGAUCCUCCAUUCAAGCUGUGAGAGUUUUUGGGAACAACAUCAUAGACAGACGACACUUUAAAGACAAACGCUUUGAGAUUUAGUGAAUCAGCCGCCAUCGGUCUUUGAGCUGAGGAACAGAAGAGGAGAAACACCAUCUUCAUCACCAUCAUCAUCAUAUUCACAUCAGUUUGAAGCUGUGACAUGGCACAGCAGCCCUCCACAAACAGCAAACAUCACAGCAGGACUGUAGUCAAGUAAAGACAGAGGAGGCAAUGUUUUACAUUAUUCAACCCUGUAAUGUUCACGGGGUCAUUUUCAUUUUAAAAUUGUAUUGCAAUAGCUGUCUCUGAGUAUCAGGAACAUGACAUUAUGUCACAUUACAGCCACUUUGAUCUCAUUAUUUUAGCUUCAUUCUCUCCGGCGUGCACUCAAGGUGAACUGCAGCCAGUUUGAACUGUGGGGAUUAACAGGAGGUGGAGCUGCUAAGAGAAAUGUUUGUGAUCAUUUAACAAUGAAAUGUCCUCAACACUGCUAUCAGAUUAUCAGGAUACUC